CGAUAAUGAGGAGCACUGAACAGUAUUUGUCAUCGAAUAAUCAGAAGCAAAAACAAAGCCAAAAGGGGCGGACGUAAAGCGCUCGCAGCAGCAACAACAACUUAAACACAAGUGGCAGUGUUUGUUGGUGUCGGCAGAGAGGAAGAUAGCGUUCGCAUAUGUAUAUACAAUAUAUCAAUAUAUAUGUAUACGCGUGUGUGUGUGUAAAAGAAGAGUGAGAGAAAAUAUUCAAAACCAAUUUGAUAACCAACUAAGAAAAGGAAAGGAAACGAAAAGAACGUAACAGAAAUCGCAGCAAGCAGCAGCAGAGUGCAGCAAACAUUGAGCAGCGGCCAGUGGCAGAGACUGAGACAUCCUCAUACCUAAACGCUGUUCACGCAGCAACAGUAAUUAACUGUGAAACGUAGCGCGAGUCCACAACAAAAAUCAAACUCGAUCGUGUUUAAAAGAGAGCGGCAAAGCAAAAGAGAACAAGAGAGUGAGUGAGCGAGAAAUUGAAAGGCCAGUAUCAGCAAAUUCGCCGUCUUCGUUUACGUCUUCAUCAACGUCUACGGCUACGUCACCAUGGACAACUUAAUUCCGAUCGUCAAUAAACUGCAGGAUGCAUUCACAUCGCUGGGUGUGCACAUGCAAUUGGAUUUGCCACAGAUUGCUGUUGUUGGAGGACAGUCGGCUGGCAAGAGUUCAGUGCUGGAGAAUUUCGUGGGCAAAGACUUUCUGCCUCGUGGUUCGGGUAUUGUGACGCGCAGACCUUUAAUUUUGCAGCUGAUCAACGGAGUAACCGAGCAUGGCGAGUUUCUGCAUUGCAAGGGUAAAAAGUUCACCAGCUUCGAUGACAUACGCAAAGAGAUCGAAGAUGAGACGGAUCGUGUGACCGGCAGCAACAAGGGCAUCUCAAACAUUCCGAUUAAUUUGCGUGUUUAUUCGCCGCACGUUUUAAAUUUAACACUGAUCGAUUUGCCGGGCCUGACGAAGGUGGCCAUCGGUGAUCAGCCCCCAGACAUUGAGCAGCAGAUUAAGCAAAUGAUAUUGCAAUUUAUACGCAAGGACACUUGCCUUAUACUGGCCGUAACGCCGGCCAAUACCGAUCUGGCCAACUCGGAUGCCCUGAAGCUGGCCAAGGAGGUGGAUCCGCAGGGUGUGCGAACAAUUGGUGUCAUCACCAAAUUGGAUCUCAUGGACGAAGGCACGGAUGCACGUGAUAUACUCGAAAAUAAGCUGUUGCCGUUGCGUCGCGGCUACAUUGGUGUUGUAAAUCGUUCGCAAAAGGAUAUUGAGGGACGCAAGGAUAUCCAUAUGGCAUUGGCCGCUGAGCGCAAAUUCUUCCUCAGCCAUCCAUCGUAUCGCCAUAUGGCCGAUCGUCUGGGCACACCAUACUUGCAGCGUGUCCUCAAUCAACAGCUCACCAAUCACAUUCGGGACACGUUGCCAGGACUGCGCGACAAAUUGCAGAAGCAGAUGCUCACCCUUGAGAAGGAGGUCGAAGAGUUUAAGCAUUUCCAGCCAGGCGAUGCCAGCAUCAAAACAAAGGCUAUGCUCCAAAUGAUACAGCAACUGCAGUCGGACUUUGAGCGUACCAUCGAGGGCAGCGGCUCCGCUUUGGUCAACACAAAUGAGCUGUCUGGCGGUGCCAAGAUCAAUCGCAUAUUCCAUGAGCGUCUUCGCUUUGAGAUUGUGAAAAUGGCGUGCGAUGAGAAGGAAUUGCGACGUGAGAUCUCAUUUGCCAUACGCAACAUACACGGUAUUCGUGUUGGUCUCUUCACGCCGGACAUGGCGUUCGAGGCGAUCGUUAAGCGUCAGAUUGCCCUGCUCAAGGAGCCGGUCAUUAAGUGUGUGGAUCUAGUCGUGCAGGAAUUGUCGUCGGUUGUGCGCAUGUGCACAGACAAGAUGAGUCGCUAUCCACGCUUGCGCGAGGAAACGGAACGCAUCAUUACCACGCAUGUGCGCCAGCGUGAGCAGCGCUGCAAGGAGCAAAUCCUGUUGCUAAUUGACUUUGAGCUCGCCUACAUGAAUACCAAUCACGAGGAUUUCAUUGGCUUCGCCAAUGCUCAGAAUAAAUCUGAGAAUGCAAAUAAGACCGGGACCCGACAGCUGGGCAAUCAGGUCAUACGCAAGGGUCACAUGGUCAUUCAAAAUCUAGGCAUUAUGAAAGGUGGCUCUCGUCCCUAUUGGUUUGUGUUGACAUCGGAGAGCAUUUCGUGGUACAAGGACGAGGAUGAGAAGGAGAAGAAAUUCAUGUUGCCGUUGGAUGGUUUGAAAUUGCGCGAUAUUGAGCAGGGCUUUAUGUCAAUGUCUAGACGUGUUACAUUUGCUUUAUUCAGUCCCGACGGACGUAAUGUUUAUAAGGAUUACAAACAAUUGGAGUUGUCGUGCGAGACGGUGGAGGAUGUAGAAUCAUGGAAGGCAUCAUUCCUACGCGCUGGCGUCUAUCCCGAAAAGCAGGAGACCCAGGAGAAUGGCGACGAGUCGGCUAACGAAGAGAGCUCCUCGGAUCCGCAAUUGGAGCGUCAAGUGGAGACAAUUCGCAACCUAGUCGACUCCUACAUGAAGAUCGUCACAAAGACCACGCGGGACAUGGUGCCCAAGGCAAUUAUGAUGCUGAUCAUCAAUAAUGCCAAGGACUUUAUCAAUGGAGAGCUGUUGGCACAUCUAUAUGCCUCCGGUGAUCAGGCACAAAUGAUGGAAGAGUCCGCUGAGUCGGCAACACGACGCGAGGAAAUGUUGCGCAUGUAUCGCGCCUGCAAGGAUGCUUUGCAGAUCAUUGGUGACGUAUCGAUGGCAACCGUAUCAUCGCCAUUGCCGCCGCCCGUGAAGAACGAUUGGCUACCAAGUGGCUUGGAGAAUCCGGGUCUCUCACCGCCCAGUCCCGGUGGACCACGCAAGCCCGCACCCACCGCACAGGGCUCGUUGGGUGGCCGUAAUCCACCUUUGCCACCGGCAACGGGUCGUCCAGCGCCCGCUAUUCCCAGCCGCCCAGGAGGCGGUGCCCCGCCCCUGCCUGGCGGCCGGCCUGGCGGCGCGCUGCCACCCCCAUUGCUACCAUCUCGCGUUACUGGAGCUGUCGGCGGUGCCAUUACACAGCAGGCGGGCGCCAAUCGCUACAUCCCGGAGAGCAUGCGUGGACAAGUGAAUCAGGCUGUUGGCCAGGCGGCCAUGAAUGAACUCUCCAAUGUCUUUGCCACACGGUUCAAUCGGCCUGGCAUGAAUGCGCCGCCACGGCUACCUGAACGUCCUUCGUACUAUGGGAACACGACCAAUGGCAGGCCCUACUGAGUGAGCGUGCGUGCGAGCGAGCUAGUUAGUGGACGGAUUGAACAUUUGUAGUGCAAGCGAGAUGGCGUGCGCAUUCGGAAUACGGAGUUGUACUGUCAAAUGUUCACUGUAAUUUGUAUUAUUAUGAAUGUGUGUGUGUGUGUGUGUGUGUAUAUGUGUGUGACUG